AUGGCUAGUUCCGACGUGAAACCAAAAUCAGUAAGUCGCGCCAAAAAAUGGUCAGAAGAGAUAGAAAAUCUGUACAGAUUUCAACAAGCGGGAUAUCGGGAUGAAAUUGAAUAUAAACAAGUGAAACAAGUUUCUAUGGUAGACCGCUGGCCAGAGACAGGAUACGUGAAGAAACUUCAGAGAAGGGACAAUACAUUCUAUUACUACAACAAACAGAGGGAGUGUGACGACAAGGAGGUCCACAAAGUGAAAAUGUAUGCUUACUAGCCUGUCUUCUUUGUGUUGCUUGUCGAUUACAUUUUAAGAAUUCAUCAUUUACUUCUACAUCGUGUAAAUGUUUGUCAGUUUAUGAAAUAAUGCAAAAUGCAGUCUUCAGUUCAAUGUUUGGUGAAACACAAAAGCCAUGAGAAUCGGUAUCUGUUAAUCACUUGUUCUGUUCUAAGAACUGGCUGCAGACGCAUUAAAGUUGUACCUUCU